CAAUAUUAUCAAAACAGAUUUCAUGCGAUUUGCGAAUUAUAGAAUUUUACUAAUUUUUACUCAACAUUCGUUAAUUCAAUUCAAUUAUAUCAUUAUUAUCUCCAUAAUGUUUCCUGUUAAACUUGUUAAUCGUUUAUCAAUCUUGAGCAAUAAUCUAACUCGUCUGGUAAUUUCCCAAAGAACUGAAUAUUCCAGCGCUCACAGUUUGAAAAAUCUAUACCCGGAAAGCUCUUUAAAAAUCACUACACCGAACGAAUCAUCGGUCGUUGAAAAAUGCUCGCAAGUAUACUCUGGAUAUAUACCAUUAGAUAAAAUAACAUUCAAAUAUUCCCGUAGUCAAGGACCAGGUGGUCAAAAUAGAGAUCAUACUUACUCAAAAGUGCAAUUACGAGUCAAGUUGUCCGACGCCGAUUGGAUUCCAGAAAAUGUGCGACUUAAAUUGCUCGAAAUGAAAAAAAAUCAGUUAUCCAAGGACGGAUAUUUCAUAAUUAAAUCGGAUAAAACGCGUUCUCAGCAACUAAACAGAGCAGAUGUGAUGCAAAGACUUCGAUGUAUUAUUUAUCAUGCUGUAGAACAAUCCACUUCUACUGAACCUUCUCCGGAAACCAUCGAUAAAAUUAGAAAGAGACAAGAGAAAGCUAAUCGUGAAAGGCUACAAUCAAAACGACUCCGUUCACUGAUCAAGGAAAAUAGAAGAAUUGUAGAAUAAGUCGAUUUAACAUUAAAUAUUCAUGUGAUUGUUGUAAAUAUUCAGAAUGAAGUUGCUGUAUUCGUU